UGAUGUGUUCACUCGUUAGGCGGCGCAACUCCACGCUCACUUUUACUCUGUCGGAGGCACAGUAGUGAGUGCAGGAAGGGGGCAGGGUUGACGCUUUUCCUUUGCCUGUAGACCGUCACAAUUUGCUGAAUCACACAAACUCUUCCGCAUCGUCAAAACUUUGAAGACAUAUCGCAUUGGAUUCAGUCCGUGGACUCACACCGCGACAUUUCUUCCACCGCGAGACAGAGAAGGGAAGGUGUCCCAAUCCGCGCAACUCCUCUUCCUGGCGAGAAGAGCUUUCUUUUUCACUUCUGCCUUCUGUCACCUACGGGACCACCGCUCGACACAAGCCUUUAAAAGUUUGCCUUUGGUGUGAAUGUGCUGGACUCGUCUGAGAAAUGAAGCUCAGCAGACAGUUUACAGUUUUUGGCAGUGCCAUAUUCUGUGUGGUGGUAUUUUCCUUGUACCUGAUGUUGGAUCAUAUUGAUCACAGCAAAAAUCCGAACGGAGAGAGGAUUCAGAACGGACAGAUUGGUAUUCUGCAGGACAAAAUAGACCACUUAGAGAGACUGCUUGCGGAGAACAAUGAGAUCAUCGGCAACAUAAGAGACUCUGUAAUUAACCUGAGGGAAACUGUGAAAGAUGGGAAGAUGUUUCCUGAAGCGAACAUGAGUCAGGGGAAUUUGGAAUUGCUGCCCCCUGCUCCUGCGCUGCUCCCCAUCCUCUCAGAUGACUGCCAGUUUGCUGGACGGACCUACUCUAAAGCAGCAGAUGGAGUACAGAUGCUGGAUGUUUAUGAUUUGCUCCGCUUUGAUAACCCUGAUGGCGGGGUGUGGAAACAAGGCUUUGAUAUCUCUUAUCAGGAGAAUGAAUGGGACAAUGAGCCACUCCAAGUCUUCGUUGUGCCCCAUUCUCACAAUGACCCUGGCUGGCUGAAGACAUUCGAUGACUACUACCGAGACCAGACACAACACAUCCUCAACAACAUGGUGGUCAAACUGCACGAAGACAGUCGGCGAAAAAUGAUCUGGUCCGAAAUCUCAUAUUUUGCUAAAUGGUGGGACAGCAUAGAUGGACAGAAACAAGAUGCUGUCAGGAGGCUGGUAGAGAACGGUCAGCUGGAGGUGGCUACAGGAGGCUGGGUGAUGCCAGAUGAAGCCAACGCGCACUACUUUGCAAUGAUAGAUCAGUUAGUUGAAGGCCACCAAUGGUUGGAGAGAAAUUUGGGUGUGAAACCCAAAACUGGCUGGGCUGUGGAUCCAUUUGGUCACACUGCGACUCAGGCUUACCUGCUGAAACUGGCCGGUCUGUCCAACAUGCUGAUCCAGAGAGUGCACUACUCAGUGAAGAAACACUUCUCCUCUCAGAAGACCCUGGAGUUCUUUUGGAGACAGAACUGGGAUCAAGACUCGAGUACAGACAUUCUGUGCCACAUGAUGCCAUUCUACAGCUAUGAUGUUCCCCAUACGUGUGGUCCUGACCCCAAGAUUUGCUGCCAGUUUGAUUUUAAAAGGCUGCCAGGAGGAAGAAUUAGCUGUCCAUGGAGAAUUCCUCCUCAGGCCAUCACAGACAACAACGUACAGGAGAGAGCUCAGACGCUGCUGGACCAGUACAGGAAGAAAUCCAAGCUUUUCCGCACCAAGGUGCUGUUGGCACCACUCGGAGAUGAUUUCCGUUACACUGAAGCUGUCGAAUGGGACCAACAGUUUGAAAACUACCAGAAACUCUUUGACUACAUGAAUUCUCACCCUGAGCUCCAUGUCAAGGCCCAGUUUGGAACCAUUUCAGAUUAUUUCCAGGCCUUGCGUAAAAGCACUGGCAUGGAUCCAGUUGGCAUGAAUGUUGGUCAUUUGGCUUUGCCUGUUGUAAGUGGAGAUUUUUUCACUUAUGCGGAUCGAGAUGACCACUACUGGAGUGGAUACUUCACCUCUCGGCCCUUUUAUAAACGCAUGGACAGAAUGCUGGAAUCAUACCUCAGGGCAGCUGAAGUCCUCUACUCUCUGACCUUGGCCAACAUUCAGAAGUACGGGCAGCCCAGUGAUUACCCUGCCGGGGAGAAUUACAAACUACUGACUGAAGCCAGGCGCAAUCUAGGCCUCUUCCAGCAUCAUGAUGCCAUCGCGGGUACAGGCAAAGAUUGGGUGGUUGUGGACUAUGGAACCAGGUUGUUCCAUUCUAUUCUGAAUGUGAAGCGAGUGAUUGUGAGCUCAGCACAUUGGUUGGUGCUCAAGGACAAACAAACAUACCACAACGAUCCUUCAAAAGCCUUUCUUCAGAUGGAUGAUGUUCAGCAAUCCCAAGAUGCCCUACCUCGCAAAAAUGUUCUUGAGGUUCAUGGAAAACCAAGGUUGUUGGUGGUUUCCAAUCCAUUAGAACAGGCCAGAACAUCCAUGGUUACAGUAUAUGUGAAUACUCCAAAUGUGCGUGUGGUUAGUGCACUCGGUCAGGUGGUCCGCGCUCAAGUCAGUGCAGUGUGGAAGGAUGCCAGCCAUGCUACUGCAGAUGUUUUUCAGUUGUCAUUUGUGGCUCAUGCUGCUCCUCUGGGUCUGAGCGUGUACCAGCUGAUUGAGGUAAUGGAGCCCAGGACAGAUGCUUCGAAGUACAUGUUUCUCCAGGAAGGCAGACAGCUCUCAGACAGUAAACUGGAGCAUUUCCGUCAGUUCUAUCAAGACGAUGGAGCUCCUGUGGUCAUUGAAAAUCCUCACCUCAGACUUUCCAUCUCUGGAGCUACAGGCCUUUUAGAGAAAAUGAUGUUGAAGGAAGAUGAAUCUGAGCACCAAAUGAAGGUGGAGUUUGUUUGGUAUGGAACCACCAGCAGUAAAGACAAGAGUGGCGCCUACCUAUUCCUGCCCGACAAAGAAGCAACAAUUUACUCUCCCUCUCAACCGCCGGUGAUUCGAGUCACUAAAGGGACGCUGUUUUCUGAAGUCACUACAACCUUCGCACACAUCACACAUACACUUCGGCUCUACAACACCCAGGGUGUGGAGGGUCAGUCUGUGGAGAUCUGUAACACUGUAGAUAUAAGAGGUGAAACCAACCGUGAAAUUGCAAUGAGGAUAACUUCAGAUCUAAACAGCAAGGAUCGAUUUUUUACUGACCUCAAUGGCUACCAGGUGCAGCCGAGGAAAACCAUGGCUAAACUCCCCCUGCAGGCAAACUUCUACCCCAUGACCAGCAUGCUUUACCUGCAGGACUCCAGCGCCAGACUCUCGCUGCUCACUGCACAGUCGCUUGGAGCGGCCAGCCUUAAAAGCGGUCAGCUGGAGGUGAUAAUGGACCGCAGGCUCAAUCAGGAUGACAAUCGAGGGUUGGGACAGGGAGUGCUGGACAACAAGAUCACAGCCAACUCCUUCCGCCUGCUGCUGGAGAAGAGGAUCUCUGUGGAGGAGAAUGAAGCGACGGCACCAUACAGCUAUCCAUCUAUCCUGAGCCACAUGUCGUACAUGUACCUGAACCAUCCUCUCAUCUCAAUGGCAGUUAGUCAGCACUUGGAAGCUCCAUCUGUGGUCCCCUACAGCCCUCUGAAAGCCUCCUUCCCCUGCGACAUGCAUCUGGUCAACCUGCGCGCUAUCCAGUCUAAGGAGGAAGGGGGAGCUGCGUCCGAGCAGGCGGCUUUGAUACUGCACAGAAAAGGCUUUGACUGUGGCUUCUCCAAUCGCAACACUGGCCUACUGUGUACCAGCACACGUGGCAAGAUUGAUUUGGAGAAGCUCCUGACGGAUCUAAAGGUGAAAAGCAUCACUCCUGUGUCUCUGUCUCUGAUGCACACGCUCAGUAGUGAAAGCAGGCCGCAGGAGAUCAGCCUUAAAGCCAUGGAAAUCAGGACUUACCGCCUGGAGCUGAGCUGAGUUCAUGCAAAAGAGCCACAAGGUUGUUGUCUUCAGCCAAGGACUCGGUAAAAUGAUUGUCAGCAGAAACCUUAAGCUUCACAGCAAAAGUGCAAUAUGAAAUCUCCAAGAAUUCCCAACCAGCUCUCUCAGGUUCUUUUAACGCAACGUGAUGCUUUUUAUUUGUGAUUCACUGUGCUGAGACAUUUUGCACUGUGAAGAGAACAAGUUUGUUUGUUUUUUUUGGGCUGGAAGUGUUGAACACAUUGGGGCCGGUGCUAGAAUCAUUCUCGUUUCUCUGUUACUCGGUGAAAAGAAAAAGCACCAGAGGAUUUUAUUUGUUUUUUAUCCUCACAAUUCUC